AUAUGAAACAACUAUCUAGCUAAGACAGUACACUACUAGUAACUGGAUAUUAGAGAGCUGCAGUGAGCUUGUGUACAGAAAAGCAACGCGAUGUCAUCGAUAAAGACAUUCAAAUUAGAGGGGCUUAUUCCCGCCACGUUUACACCAAUGACGGCAGACGGAGAAGUUGACUACGACAAGUACGAGACCUAUUGUCAAUACUUGGUUGAUCGAGGGAUAACCCAGAUAUACGUUAACGGCACUACGGGUGAGGGGUUUUCGUUGACGUUGGAAGAACGUAAGAAGGUAGUGGAAACGUGGAUUAACGUGGGCAAGAAAACUGGGAAGAUUAAACAAAUUGUCGUCCAAGUUGGAGCCUUGAAUCUGCAUGAUACAAUCGCCAUGGUUCAGCAUGCUAAGAAGGUAGGAGCCGAUGCCAUCGCCACGGUGCCACCACUUUUCUACAAGCCCAAAACUAUAGACAACCUCAUCAAAUACUGCCGAGAAGUGGCGAACGCUGCGCCGGAACUUCCCUUUUACUUUUACCAUCUACCAUCACUUACCGGAGUUGAACCGAAUGUUGAGGACUUUCUCAAGGCCGCGUCCGCGGAGAUUCCGAGCUUGGUAGGGGUGAAGUUCUCUUCCAAGGACUUGGUCGACAUGCUGGGGUGUGUCCACGUGCCCGCCCCCCACAGGGAUGACGGGAAGUACAACCUCGUUUUCGGUACUGAUGAGAAAUUGAUGGCUGCGAUGGUGCUAGGGGCAGAUGGGUCUGUUGGAAGCCUGUGUAACUUCAUGGCGCCGCUCAUGAAUCGGAUACUGACCAACACGGCGGCCGGUCGCAUCCUAGAGGCACGGGAGGACCAGUACCGUGCACAGCAGAUGUGCCGGGUCAUGUACAAAUACGGUGACAUGUUUGGGUCGAACGUCGCAGCCCUAAAGGCCAUAAUGGCCAUGGUCGGCCUUGACCUUGGGGGCCCAAGGUCACCGAUGCGGAACGGGACGCCGGACGAACUUGAGGCUUACAGGAAAGAGCUGGACGGCAUGGGCUUCUUCCAGUGGUACAAAUAGACGAUAAGGAAUACACUUUCUGUUCCUGAUACAUGUCUUACAAUGAAUAAAAUGGACUCAAAAAUAUGUGUUUAGCCCCUUUAAUGUAACUGUUGUACCGGCACUUUUCAUUGUGGUUCCCUUUACUCGUAAAUGAGUGUUUAAAUAUUGUCAUUUAUUUCAGCAUUUUGGGACAAAAUCUGUUUUGGUAUUGAUGUAGUAAAAUGCUAACAGAAACCUUUUGUAAUGUGAAGUUUGAUUGUUUUUCUUUCAGUUUGCUAUUGGCCUUUGAUCAAUUGGUUAUUGAGCUCGGGUACUUGCACGGUCUUUAAGUAUAUAAUACGUUAUUAGUUUGAAAUUCUUUCAUAUCUUGUUAUAUUUUAUGUUAUAUGUCUUUGGCGUUAACCCAGUGCCAUUAAACCGGGUUUAUGUUUAAACAUUUUGCUACUGAGCUUCUUUAGCUUUUCGCAUAAAUACUAAUUUGUGACAGCUUUUUCAACAACGUUUGUAUAUUUAUUCUCAAGGAUUUUCAAAUAAUGUUGGCGCUGAAUACAUUUAAUUUAUAUGAUUUAUGACGUCGCCAAAUUGAAAUAUAGUAUUUCAGGGA